CAGCGUCGGUCCCGUGACCCGAAAAGGGAAAAAGAAAGAAAAGCGUCGAGGAAACGUGGUUUCCAUGAACGUCAGUCCCAGCUGGUUGAUCAACCGACGAGCCCCGGCGGAUUAUAAAACCCACACCCCUUUCAAAUCGUGGAUUCUUCCCCACGGCCACUACCCGCCUGCCCCGCUGUUCUUGGCGAUUAACAAAUCGGAUUGUUAUUUCCGGCCUGGUAUUCUAUUCAUUAGCAGUCGCCCCCCUGCCUGCCAUUGUACUCCUCCCUGCUUCAAAAGCUGAAGAAAUCGCCAUGCAUUUAUGGGGGUGCCAGCGUCGCAGGGUAGCGGCUCUCCGUUUUGUAUGGUUGUAAAGCUGCCGAUCUUGUCCGUGGAGUGGGUAGAGGCGGUGGAGCUGCGGCCGUGCGGAGGGUGCUUCGGCGGCGGAGGAGGAGAUGAAGCCGGCGGCGGCGAGGAGCAAGAAGGGCAGGGGGGUCUUCUGCAACCUCCCGCUCCUGUUCCUCAUUGGGGCCAUCCAGUUCUUGGUCAUCUACUCCCCCGCCAUUGACCGCUACAUGGUGAUGAUCACGAAAGGGAAGCCCGGGUUCCCAUCGCUGCUGCUGGAUGGCAGGAGGGGAUUCAAAUUGUUGGAGGAGGAGUUCGUGCCGGAGCCCCGCGUGGCGUGCGACUUCGCGGACCCGAGGUCGGACGUGUGCGAGCUGGAGGGCGCCAUCCGCAUCCGCGGGAGCACGUCGGAGGUGUUCGUGGUGGCCCCGGGCGGCGCCGGCGCGGCGAACGUGACGGGGCUCGGCGCGGGCAUGAACGCGACGAGCUGGACGAUCCAGCCGUACACGCGCAAGGGCGAGGCCCGCGUGAUGCGCAGCAUCACGGAGCUGGCGGUGCGGGUGGUGCCCCCCGGCGAGGCGCCGCCGUGCACGGUGCGGCACGAGGUGCCGGCGGUGGUGUACUCCAACGGCGGGUACUGCGGCAACUACUACCACGACUUCAACGACAACAUCAUCCCGCUGUUCAUCACGGCGCGGCACCUGGUCGGCGAGGUGCAGCUGCUGGUGGCGCAGAAGCAGCGGUGGUGGUUCGACAAGUACCGGGAGAUCGUGGACGGGCUGACCAACUACGAGGCGGUGGACCUGGGCGGCGACGGCGGCGGCGAGGUGCGGUGCUUCCGGCGCGCCACCCUGGGGCUGCGCAGCCACAAGGAGCUGAGCAUCGACCCGCGCCGCGCGCCGCGCAACCUGUCCAUGGUGGACUUGAAGCGCUUCCUGAUGUGGCGGUACGCGCUGCCGCGGGAGCACGCGAUCCGGACGGAGGACGAGGAGGCGGCGGCGCGGCCGCGGCCGCGGCUGCUGGUCAUCGCCCGGCGGUCGCGGCGGCGGUUCGUGAACCUGCCGGAGAUCGUGGCGCUGGCGGAGGAGGUCGGGUUCGAGGUGACGACGUCGGACGUGAUGUCGUCGUCGUCGUCCAAGCAGCAGCAGAAGGCGGCUGGCGACGAGGGGCAGGCGCGCAUGGCGGAGGCGUCGGCGCUGGUGAACUCGUUCGACGCGAUGGUGGCGGUGCACGGGUCCGGGCUGACGAACCUGGUGUUCCUGCCGAUGAACGCGGUGGUGGUGCAGGUGGUGCCGCUGGGGCGGAUGGAGGGGCUGGCCAUGGACGAGUACGGGGUGCCGCCGCGGGACAUGAACAUGCGGUACCUGCAGUACAACAUCACGGCGGAGGAGAGCACGCUGUCGGAGGCGUUCCCGCGGACGCACCCGGUGCUCCUGGACCCCACGCCCAUCCACAAGCACAGCUGGUCGCUCGUCAAGGACAUCUACCUCGGCCAGCAGGACGUCCGGCUCGACCUGCGCCGCUUCCGGCCCGUCCUCGAGAAGGCCAUCCGGCUGCUCCGCUGACAAGGCCUGAAGGCCAGGGCCUUAACUGACACUGCUGCUUGCUUGCUUGCCUGCCCCGGCAACAGCGGCGGCUCCCAUGCGAGUUGUGGCUACAGGAAGGAAUGAACAGGAAGAUACAGACACCACCACCAUGUUUCUUUUCUUUUUCUCUCUUCUCUCCUCUUGGAAUUUCAUGACACGACAACAUGUAAACUUUCAGAUGCUGUACAGCCGAUGAGUAGAGAGUCGAGUCCCCGUUGUUGCUCAAAGCAAAGCGGCGACGAUUUUGUA